UCACCGUCCAAUCCUAUACAGACUAUCACCGCGCGACUAGAGUCUCCACAUACCGCUACGGUCUCAUCGGUCUUCGCUGCAUAUUUCCCUGUCGAACACUGCAAUUACCGUAAAGAUGCGACGUCUCUCACUCGCCCUCACCGCCCUCUACUUCGCCCCGCAAUGUGUUCAAGCCGGCACCGUGUCGAAGGGAGGCGAUUGCUCGGUUGCUAGCCAACGACUCAGCCUAGGGACCUACCAAUUCUACGCCGAAUGCGACAUUGUUACCUUUUGCAACGCGACGACGAGCAAGUGUGAGCCGAAAGGCUGCAGGAAGGACCAGUACCCCUUCGGGUACGCCGACAACGCAGACUUUCCACCGAUGUGCCCCUCGGGAAAGUUCUGUCCGGAUGAAGAGGAUCAGUGCUUAGACGUUCUACAAGUCGGUAGUCUUUGUCAAUUCAAUCGCGACGACCAGUGUCAGCCUCCUCCUGGUCAUGAACAGCUCAAAGACGUUCAAGGUUUUGGCCGCAAUAUUAACGGUGCAGUAUGUCUCCAUAACACUUGCAUGUGGGCAAAUGCGACGUCUGGCGAAGCAUGCACGGUAGAGAACACCGUAUAUGCUCUGUUCGGUAGUGAUGGCCAUGAAUAUGCCGACAUAAUUUCACGGGAUAAUUGCCAGACUGGUUCCUACUGUGACUCCAGCGCCCUUGUGUGCAAGGACUCAAAGAAUGUUGGUGGAUCGUGUACCGGAAACAAAGAAUGCUCGUCGUUCAACUGCCUGCCUUCCGGUACAUGUGGCUUGAGCACUGACACGCCCGCACAUGUAUCAGAGUGGGUUUACGCUGUUGUGGCAGUCUGCGCUCUCGGAGGGAUUGUCGGGAUCUUGUGUCUCUUGUUCAUGCUCCACAAGAAAGAACGCGAAGAAGCGCGGAUGCAACGAACGCAAUACUGGGAAGAGCAGAACGCAUUGCGGCAGGGCUUCCUCAGCAUGCAGCACGCCGCCCAUAUGUCGCUUCGCUCUUCUGACGACAACAUGCGGACUCCUGUGAGCCGCUCGUUCAGCAAGGACUCUUACUACGACGACCCGCAAACGCCGCCGACACAAGGCCCCAGUAAAUCAUUCAGCGGGCUGCGUUACUCGAUUGUCAGCGACGGUAGAACCGACAGUCAGCCCCAGACGCCAUAUCUUUCAGGGAAGGCGCCUUCGUCUUGUUAUGCGUCUCGUUGAUUGAACCGAAUAACCUACCUUCGUGCGAGUAACGUAACCUCCGCCGAUUGCGCACCCCACCUAUGUAUGGCAUGUAUGUAGCCCUCUAUACCUUGACGACCGCCGCUCUGAUGACGGUUUGUGCGCAUCAAUGUUCUCUGGUCACAUACUUCCCGCGCAGUAAGUAACAGGUCGCGUCCAUUGUGUGAUCAAAUUCGAAUUCAGACCUCGCCACAACGCUCAAGCUGGGAGAAGGCGCUACACGUGGGCGCCUAAUUGGCCC